CUCCUAUUGCAGCAGUGUUCUACUUGCGGACCGGCAAUGAAGGCGCCAUCAAAAGCAUCCGUUGUGUGUCUUGUCUUAGUGAUAGCGGUGUUCGAGAGUGGAGCGGUGUCGGGUUAUCGCAUACUAGGGUUCAACACGAGCCCCAGCCGGUCCCAUGUGAUCGUUCAGGAUGCACUGAUGAAAGAGCUGGCACGCCGUGGCCACCAGGUGACGAUGAUUAGCCCGUACAAGGAGCCAGAAACGGUGCCCAACUAUCGCAAGAUAACGAUCCCCAUCGAAUCGUGGAGCAAAGAUUUCGGCAGCAAAAUGUUCACCAACAGUAACUCUAAGGUGGAAAUGUUCAAAAGUAUGCCACUGAUGUUGAAGGCAGCAUCGGAUGCGGUUAACAAUACAAUCAGAUCACCAGAAGUGCAAAGCGUAUUGCGGGAGAAGGAAGGAUACGAUCUCCUUAUCACGGGAAUUAUGAGUGACGCCGCGCUUGGGCUGGCCACAGCACUCAGCUGUCCAACGGUGGUGGUUUGCCCGAACGCGGCGAUGCCAUUCGUGAAUUCGAUGGUUGGCAAUCCGUCACCGAUUGGCAUCGUGGCGAGUAUGAUGGUCGGCCUUUCCUCUCCCAUGACCUUUUGGGGGCGUGUGGCCAACAUUCCCGGAUUCUUCUUCGAUGAGCUGUUUGGCAUCUUCUGGCAGAGCUACCAGCGAGAGGUUUAUAAUAACCUCUUCCCUUCCGAUCGCUAUCCAACGUAUGAUGAGGCGAGAAAGAACGUGUCCCUUGUAUUCCUCAACCAUCACGUCUCGAAGGGUAACCCAAGGCCUUACGUACCGGCAAUGGUGGAGGUCGGUGGGCUACAGAUCAAGGAGAAACCUUCACCCCUCCCAGAAGACAUCCGCCAGUGGAUCGAGGGAGCAAAGCACGGUGUCAUCUUCUUCAGUCUCGGCACCAACCUUCUCAGCUCAUCGAUGCCACCGGAGAAACUGGAUGCCAUCCUGGGCACCUUCCGGAAGCUAAAACAACGCAUCAUCUGGAAGUGGGACUCACAGGAUAUGCCCAACAAACCGGACAACGUGCUGCUACGCGAUUGGCUCCCACAGGAUGACAUUCUGGCCCAUCCCAACGUGCGGCUCUUCAUCAUGCACGGUGGUCUCGGGGGGAUCGCCGAGUCACUGUUCCAUGGUGUGCCACUCGUCGGUAUACCGAUGUUCGGUGAUCAGCCAGCCAACUUGGCCAAAGUUCAAAAAGAAGGUUGGGUUUAUGUGCUCGAGUUUAAGGAUCUUACGGAGCAGACGCUCACCGUGGCGAUCGACGCGGUACUGAACGAUGGUAGCUUCAAGGAGAACGUGCAACGUCUGGCACAACUGUACCGUGAUCGGCCCCAGAGUGCCAUGGACACGGCCGUCUACUGGACGGAGUAUGUGAUCCGGCAUCAGGGAGCAACGCAUCUUCGGUACCCAGGAGUCGAUAUGGUCAUCUGGGAACGGUACGCACUCGAUGCGAUCGCAUUCUGGUGUGCAGUGAUCUACGCGUUGUGUAAGUUUGUCGCAUUCACGUGCCGUCGUCUCUGUUGUCGGAGAGCGAAAGGCGCGAAACUCAAAAAGCAAUAGUGGAAGUAGCAGAGUAUGUACAGUAGAAUAACCUAGAAGUAUUAACAUUACGAUCGACUCCCCAACGAACAAUGCGAAGAAGAAUUGACAAAGACGGUAUGAACCAAUUUAUUAUGCGCAAAACGUAUCCAUCACACGCAUUUGACAGCUAGCAAUCAACGAAGUGGAUGGCAUUUGUCACACAAAUCCACAGUUUUAUCCUUUUACGACUUAAUUAUACAUUCUGCUCAAUCGUGCCAUUCCAUACUCCACCGAGUUACCGGCUGACGAAAAGGCCUUCUAGCGUGUAGCCGCAACCCAAAUAUACAUGAUAAAUGAUUCCCUAA